CGCUUGCGCCAGCCGGAGGAAGACGGGCUUCGCGCACAGCAUUUCGAGUGGCGCCGUUACAUAACCGUCGACGAGUCUGACUCGGCACCGGCUCCGCAAAGAUGAGGAGCGUGAUCAAGGUAUCGUACGGAAUGCCGGUGCUGCCUCCCGAGAAUCUCGACGGCAGGCCCCUGGUUACCAGCGAGCGCGAUAUGGCGACAGAUUCGCUGUCGCACGUGCUAGACAACACGUGGUACGCGUUCAGAUGGCUGGUCGCCGUGCUGCAGUGGAUCGAGCAUCGCGUGCGCCUGGGCCACGGCCUCGUAUACCUGCGCAGUACCGGCGGCAAGGGACGAGCUGGCAUCCUGGACGUUGAAUACUCGCUUGUGUCUCUCGCUGCGGUGCGCGGCAUGGUCGGCCAGCUGCGACGUCUGCCCGAGCUGCGCGGCAUGCUGCUGUGGGAAAAGAGCCGCGGACAGGCCGACACCAUUUUCCGCAUCCACGAUAACGCCAUGUCGCGGGUCCAGCCCAAGGGCAUGGGGUUCAAGACUGGAGAGAACGUCUUCAUCGUGCCAGUAAAGUUCCCCUUUCUCGGGGGAGCCGAGGCGUUCCUCUUCUCAGUCGAGAAUCCGACCUUUAGCGAGGAUAGACAAAUAUAGGCUGCGAGCCUGACCAUCACGCCGA